AAAGCUGAUUAGUUUUUUCAAUGAAACACUCAGAAAAAGCACCGAUUUCUUGCGAUUGCAGUGUUUGAUUACGAAUACAGUUGCAGCUAAAAUGAGGUAUUUCUUCGUCAAGAUGCAGCGAAUUAGAGUAGUGAUAAUCCUCGUGAUCGUUGGGCUGAUUGUUGCCGCGUAUUGGCUCAUGACGUCCUCACCGAAACAUGUCAGUGUACACCGGUUAAAGAAUACCCCUGAUAAAACACUAGGCAAUAAAAAGAAUAAUGCAUUUGGCGACCUAAGGAUUGACACAGGACAUUUUGCUGGUCGUUUAGGCAGGAAUUCAUUCCCAAAGUCGCCUGAUGGUAGACUUAGUAAGGACACACAAUGGAAAGCUGGGUUUGAUAGUAAGACAGGGGGCAAGUUGGGGCAGAUGAGGCAUCAAUUAAAAGAUCCAAAAGAUAAUAAGCCAGGAGUCCAACAAAACCCCAUAUCAGACUUGAAAAUAAGUCCAUUGAAUCCUAGGUACAGUACAUCUAAAGUGAAUGAUGUCGAUUUACAGCGAAAUUGGAAUGUAAACGGUAAUCCUGCUGAAAAGAAAAAUCCAUCCGAUUGGAAAAAGAUUCCAUCCAAUGCUAAAACUGGUGCGUUAGGUGUGAAGGAUACAAAUAAAUUUGGCAUGAAUGCAAUGGACAAUAAUAAAUUUGGUGGUAUUGGUGGGAGGGAUCAGGGGAGGAGUCGGGUUACAGAUACCAUACAGAGCAAUGUCGUCGUGGACAAAGUCCAUAGUGAGGAUAAUAUCAAGAAACCAGGAGAUCAGAUGACUCAAAAUUUGCUGAAUCGGAACACCAUGCUAGAUAACAGAUUUGCUUUGGAGCGUAAACAGCUGAAGGAAGCGUUACAAAAAGAUCGCACAAAUUUCAAGCACUUGGAUGGGAAAGUUGAGGCGUAUGCUAGACGGUUAGGGAUCGCUGAUUCUGUGUUUCAUCGUAAUAAAAAGUACGAGAACAAGCCAAGGACGAAUGUGUCACCUGUUCCGAACAGGAUGGGUCCACCUGAGGCUUACCUGAUUACCACUGAUAGACGCCCCAAAGGAAAAUUUAUGCCAAGUGUCGGGAAUGGUCACAUUGCAACUGUAGUGGACAGCGACACAGUCUUAAUGAAUGGCUUAUACAGUGGCACAGGGAAUGCCUCGACGCGCGCCAGAAUCCCACCAAUGAUUGCAUUUGAAAUUUCGGACUUCCAUCCGACGGGCUUGCCGCAUAAAAGAAACUUCACGAUGAAUAUGCUUGAAGGCAUCUACACUGAAACCAUAUCUGGUGACGACUUCAUUAUCGAGAAGCGAACCUACGCCCAUCGUUCAGUUCCCAAUCUUCUGAUCUCCGAAUUGGAUGUGUUCCGCUGGUACAAACCGGACCAAACGCUUCUCAAACUACUGAUGAAGAAUCUGCGAGGUUCUGCCAGUCAACAUAUUACCAUCCUGGAGGGGAAGUGUACCAUUGACAACGAAUGCAUUUAUAUCCACGGUGAAGCGAAUGCAUAUGAAACACCAUCAUCCUCUAGACCCCAGUUCCAUGCUUACUACGACCCAGUGCCUCCUCGACUAGACAUACCUGUCGUUCCUGCUCGACAGAAGGGGAUGCGUAUGAGAUGGAUAUACACAGCAUCCAUAGCUGGAAACCGACAAGAAGCAGAAACCAACUUUAGACUAGCCGAGGAUCUGAUUGCCAAGAAUGAAUUGAUAUCUCAACACCGAUCCUCUUGGAUGAAUAUUUGGAGCGAAGGCGCCCUGACCAUGGACGGCAAUCUGGCUCUUAGUCGAGCUGUGUUCAGUGCCAUGUACAACACCCUCAGCAGCUUGCCUACUGGGACUCUUGAUGAUCCGGCUCGACCGUUCUUUGGGCUGAGCCCGACUGAUCUGGCUCAUGGAAAUAAAGCAGAGGACUACUCCGGUCAUAUCACAAGUGAUCAAGAGAUUUGGAUGUUUCCAAACAUCCUACUGUUCCAUGUUGAUCUGGCCAAACUUCUCAUGAAGUCCAGGGAGAGGAACCAGAGAAUGGCGCAACAAAAUGCAAAAGAAAAUGGAUUCACUGGGGCGCAGUUCCCUGCAGAAACAGCUUUUUCAGGAAUAGAGGUUGGACCACCAGAGUCUAAAUACGAGAUACAUACAAGUGGUGAUAUCUCACAUGCCAUAAUGCAGUAUAUCUACAUGACUAAGGACGUCCAUUUCUAUGCAGAGACAGCAAAGAAUUUGCUCAUAGAUAUCAGUAACUUCUAUCAGAACCGGCUCUCUUUCAACAUGACCAGACACAAGUAUGGUUAUAAAGAUGUGCUCUCACUUGACAGACAACGUGGCAAGGUCUCCAAUUCUAUUUACACAAACACCAUUGCCAAGAUAGCUCUCUCAGCCCCAUAUGUCAUGAGCUCCUACCUAGGACUCAAGUCGGACCACUUCAAGAAUUGGCUCGCUGUUUCCAAUAAGACAUACAUUCCCUAUGACGAGGUCAUGAAGUACCACCCUGAGGACGAGAGCUAUAAAGUUGGAAAUAAGGUGAAUAUUCCCGAGGCCCUGCUUUUACGCUAUCCACUAAUGCAGCACAUCACUCUCGAUCGUCUGAGGAAGGAUGUUUCGAUAUAUGAACGGGAGAUUGUCGGCCCUGCUACGGCAUGGACCACCCUUGCCCUCAGUUGGAUGCAGCUCAAAGACUAUGAAACAGCAUGGUCUAAACUUAAGGGAACCAUGAUGAAUAUUCAACAGCCCUUCCAGGUGUGGACAGAGGCCAGCACUGGAGGGGGUGCCAAGGGUUACUUGACCCAUAUGGGAAGUUUCCUCCAAGCAAUCAUCAACGGGUAUGGUGGUAUUAGAAUAUUACCAGACAGACUGGAAUUCGACCCAACACUCCCGCCAAAAGUGAAAACUAUGAAUUUUACCAGCGUUGACUAUAUGGGAUCAGCUUUUGAUUUCAAGAUUAAUGAAAACAGCAUCAUAAUCACCAUGACGAUGACGAAGUAUUCGGCCCCACAGUUCAAGGUCACUGUUUAUGCUACCGGUUCCAUGCAUUUCAUCAAGAUGAACCAACCUGUCCUGAUUGCAAGACAGCGAGCAGCACUUUUCCCAAUUGGAUCACCCAAAGUGGCUAAACCAUUAAAUGAUGUUAAAGUUGAGCAAAUGGCAUUGCCUAGGAAUAGGGAUCAGUUGAAUCAGCCUAAGAUGGACACGCAGUCUCGUCAAAACCUCCCUGGGCAGGUACCAAGACCUGUUGUGCCUCAGCAAGGACAACCUCCUCAGCAAGGCCAAGAGAUGCAGAUACCCCUCAAUACAGACCAGGUUGUUCCUAUUCCUAAUCAAAAUUCAAAUCAAAGGAGAUUUGACCGACAGAGUAAUUUGCAAGGGCUGUCAAAUCAGGGACUUCUUGGCAAAGGCGGUGUGCGUCGGGCUCCCAUUGACAGAGCUGUUGUGGGUCAGGCUCCUCCAGGAACCGGUAAAGUACGUCCGAAUCCUCUGCUAGCAGGUGGUGUACAAGAGGCCCCUCCAGGUGUUGUACCACAAGCAGACGGUAUACGUCGGGCUCCAAGUGCGGACAGCGCUCUUCAGGCUCCAAGGGCGGAGAGCGUUCUUCAGGUUCCAAGGGCGGACAGCGUUCUUCAGGCUCCAAGAGCCGACAAUGUAAAGCAGGAUCCAGCCAUCAAACACGGUGAAGUCGGUGGGGAUCCUGUAUACAACAAUCUUCCUGAAGCCAAAAUGAUUACCAGCAGAGAAAGUCGAGAUACUGCGAGCAAAUUCAAAAACUUACAAGACAGGGUCCAACAGAAGAAAUUACGGUUACAGCAAGAAAAACUAGAUCAGCAGGAUGUUUUUAAAAACAAAGGACCAAAAGGUAGAUUUGAUCCAGUGAAUUUUGAUACAAGUAUUCUGCAGCCAGAGUCAGCAUUGCAAUAUGAUAAGAAAAAGAAAAGUCGCUCAUUUAAUAAUGAUGAACAACAAAAGAGGGAGCGUGUGAAGAUGAGAUUACGCAAGCGAGGAGAAAGGGGAUUGUAAUAGGACUAGAAGAGUGCCAUAGGAAUGUGGAAUUACUAUUGUCAUUUUCCACUGAGCAAGACAUUAUUGAAAAAGAUCCAUGAUGUGCUUAUCAAGCUUUGAUAACUUAACUGGCCCGUCAAGGAUCUUUGCUUGAUUAUUUUGAAGGGUUAAAACCCUCUCAUGCCAUGAUCAACUUUUGUCACAUAAUUGAUGCAUUUUAAGCAAUCAGGCAUGAUUGAUAUUUGUUCGAUCCAACAAACUUUCGGGUCAACUAUGGACUAUCUUAUGAUAGCAUCCCUGUAACUGAUUAUGAAUCGGCAUAACAAAGACACAUAGCACCAGUAAUUUGCAGUGAUCUGCAAUUGGUUGAUUGCUGUAUAACUCAACCAUGCAACAAACAAAAUUGAAAGGCUAUUCCCUGCUUAGUUGCACUUUUGUUGUGGGCAGCACUAUAGUGGUCAACUCGAGGGUGGAUUCCCCACUUUAGUUGCACUAUUGUUGUGGGCAGCACUAUAGUGGUCAACUCGAGGGUGGAUUCCCCACUUUAGUUGCACUAUUGUUGUGGGCAGCACUAUAGUGGUCAACUCGAGGGUGGAUUCCCCACUUUAGUUGCACUAUUGCUGUGGGCAGCACUAUAGUGGUCAAUUGUAGUUGCCCUGUAAAGCACAUUAAUUGCACAAACUAAAUGAAAUGAUGCCAUUGUCAAUGGCUACUUGACAUUCUGCUGGGGCUUUCAAAUUUGAAAGCUAUCAAGGCGUCAAGUUUUUCAUGUUCCAAGAAAGUUUGCCCACCAUUUGCUCUUUGUACAGAGCCAGACAUUGUUUCAUAAUUUUCAAACUUGUGUCAUUUAUAUCAUAAGCCAAGUUUGCUUUCUUCUUUGUGUUGUGAAUGAUAUAACACUUAACACUUAGACACUUAAAAACUGCUGGCAUACAUGUACAUGUAUUUAUUAUGUAGGAAAGUGCUAGAUAUUAUUGUGAAUACUUCUGCCUCGUUUCAAUGCUUACAAAAUUAUGAAAAAACUAAUUGUACAGAUACCCAUGCAUAUAAAUCGGUAUCAAAAUGGAUUUACGAACAAAAUUGGUCAUUGUAAUAUGUCUUGGCUUUUCAUUUGAUUACCUGCUUGUAGAUUAGACGUAAGAAUUUUUUAAGGAUCUCUGCAAAAAGGGGUCAGGUGGAGGAGAAAAAGUAAGAUGAGAGUAGUACAUAUAUAUUAUUGUUGUCCACACGAUAGCUUAUUAAAACCUGCCAUAUCUAUUGUAUGUAACUGUCAUACAUGUUCGUAUCUCUGUCACACUUUACAUGUACUUGAAUUGGAACUUUUGAUGAAGGAUUUGUACUAGUCUGUCUGUCUACAAACAGAUUUUUUAUUUGAAAGUUCAGAUAUAGUGACAAUGAUUUUUUUUCUCUGUCUUGUUCUUCAGCAUGUUAUCACAAACUUGAAAUAUCCAUUCAUUUUGUAAAUUUGAGAAAAAUGUGGCCGAAGUUUGGAAUUUAUUUGAAAAUGCAUUGGAAUCACAUAAGUGUCACGGUACUGAUGAUAGCCUGGUUGAUUACAAUAUGAAGGACAAGUGAGUCUGUAUAACAGCAAUGCUAUAGUAUGGUACAGAAUGGUUCAAAGUAUUGUUUAUGGAGUUAAUAGACAUGUAUAUCGCAUCAAAUUGAAACGACAAUCGAAUUUUGUUGAAGUACAUUGUGAAGUGUGAUUGACCAGUACAUGCAGAAUGCUACAGUUUUGCUUGCACAAGAGUCAACUUAAACAUGUUUGUAUAGUUGUUUAAGAUGUCUUUUAUAUAAAUGUGGUAACUGUACAUAUCGUGGCUUUUAAAGCUUGUCAGAAUUUAUAGGAUUAUUUGUUGAUGUUUUAUUGUUAAGCCGUCUGUUCAAAAACCACUGUCAUGGGCAUCUGGUCUCUUGUCUGGAUGGUAUAAAAAAAACCUGCAUUCUGUUAGUGGAAUACUGGUAAUUCUGCCCCUGGGGAAGUCUUGGUGAGGCAACUUUUAAACCUCCAGAUUGCUGUCACUUCAAGUGGAAAAACCAUACCAUUUUUAGGCCAGCAUAGGGUAGCAUGUCGAGAUGUUAGUGCCAGUGAUAUUUGGAUGACGGAGCACCUACAUGUAUUGCCAUAUCUGUUGUCUACUUAAUGUAAUCAGCAUUUGAUACUGUGCAUAGACACAAUAGUUGCAUGCCUUUAGCAAUAUCACCAUAGGUAAACACAUUCCAUCAUUUGUUUUCAGACCUUUCUAUGUUUAUUUUUGUUUAUUGCAUACCUGUAGUCAUUAACUGUCCGGUUUUUUGAACCACCUAGAGAGGUCAUGCAUAUGACGUCGCAUCAGCAAAAGAUGCCAUUCUGAACAUGAAAUUUAUGUCAUUCACCCACAGAAGGUCGAGGCCAUGGAUUGACAACCAAAAUGGCUGCCCAAAUGACGUCGCUACACAGCAUUGUAUUUUGAUUGACUGCUGUCAAAAAAGUUUGCUGAUGAAAUAAUCCUUGUGGAAAGUAAGCUUUCUUUUAAUAUUGUGACCUGGUGAACUCGUCAUAAGGAAAAAUUUGCACCUUGGGUGCUGGAUUUGAGUUAAAAAAUAAUUAUUUAAUAAAAUUGCUCUUUUUUAAUUUGGUUACUGCUCAUGUACCACUUAGAUCAAACAUUUAAAUAAAAAACUUAUCGGUAUCUUUUCAUGUUUUACGUUUUUCAUUUACACUUUUUUAUCGUAUGUUCAUCUAUGAAUUUAUUUACCCUAACAUUCCAUUUACAAUAUCACUAUCUUGUUUUUGUUUUCUCAAUAAAAAAGUUCAAAUUGCGAUCUGUUGUGUAUGUAUUUUGUUAAGAGAGCGACACAAGUGAAAGUGAUGCUUAUUAUUUCACUGGUAACGUUGUCGAAUAUGUGUACAUUCAAGUGUCAUUUUUCAGUUCAGCUGUAAUCAUCAAUAAACAUUUUUAACAUAA